ACCGGCACUCCUGUAGUUACCACCAUCGCGCAUUCUAUUCCAGAUAAGUGGAAAAGUUCUCCGCAUCUUCCCUGUAAUUCUCGCGAAGUCAGCAUGGCUGCAGAUGCAUCUCAACGAGUGCAGAAAGCCAUGGAGAAUGCUUUCGAUGAGAUAGACAAAGCGAAAGUUCGCAGAGUGCAGCGUGACAUGCACCUCUGUGCUGCCAAAUGCUGUGACGAUAGCACCAAGUCAGCCGAGCAAGUUCAUAACUGUAUCGAGAAUUGUCAAGAUAGCUUCACUUCAAUCCGUGGAAUCAUCGCGAAAGAGUUCAGUCAUUUCCAGAGGAAACUGGAAUUGUGCGCGAAGAAAUGUGAAUCCGAUAUGCGGGACACGAUACCGGUGAAGGCGACCCAAGCCGACGUCGACAAGUACAGCAAACAAUUCGAUUCCUGUAUAGUCAAGUGCGCGGACGAGAACAUUGACGGAAUACCCACCAUGCUGAGGCGCUUGAAGGAGUUGCUCACAUCAUUUUGA